UUCUUUUAUCUCUAAAACCCUAGCUGAACCUGGCAUCACUAUCAUCAACCUCCCCCGACUUUGAGCCAGGGUUUUUGCUGCAACCAUGGAAGGCAUCGAAAUGGAGGAUCCCACACUGUUCCUAGAAUCACUCACCAUCACCAACUCCAACGAAGACCUCUGCAAUUGGAUCCUCUCUCGCUUCGGCAGGUCCUUGAAAGAAGAUCACCAGCACCUCUGCGCAGUCAUAGGCGACAUCUCUCAAACUCUCAAAGACCAAUCCCUCCCUUCCACUCCCGCCGCCUACUUCGCCGCCGCGUGCUCCUCCUUGGACCGCCUCACCUCCGCCGACCCAAUCACCGAGCCUCCUGUCCACGUCAUCCAACCGCUCCUCAUCAUCCUCCACCUGGUACUCCCCAGAAUCUCCGCCGCCGUUCUCAACAAGGAGCGGCAGUUCUUGUCUCAGCUCUUGUUCCGGCUGCUAAGGUCGUUGCCCUCGUCGUCCUCGUCACCCGCCGCAACAACUUUUGGAUUGAAAUGCGUUUCGCAUUGGUUCGUUGUCGGUGACAACGCUCUCACCUGGUCCGAAGCUUCUCAGUUGUACGGUGUUCUAUUGGGAUUCGUCAUCGAUGAGCGCCCUAAGGUGAGAAGGCAAUCACAUCUGUGUCUUCGAGAUGUCUUAUCGAGAUUUCAGGAAACAUCGCUGCUGGGACCAGCAAGUGAAGGCAUUACAAAGAUAUUUGAAAGGUCUCUUCUGCUUGCUGGUGGAUCAAAUGUGAAUAGCAACGAAGGUCACAAAGGAGCACAGGAGGUCCUUUUUGUUUUAGAUGCCUUGAAAGAGUGCCUUCCAUAUAUGUCAUUGAAGUGCACAACUAGCAUCCUCAAGCACUUCAAAAGUCUAUUGGAGCUGAAUCAACCUGUAGUCUCAAGGCGAAUAACAGAUAGUUUGUAUUCACUUUGUCUUGUCCCAGCUUUAGAUGUUUCUCCUGAUGCAUUGCUCGAUUUGUUAAGCUCAAUAGCCCUAUCUGUCUCCACAAUUGAGACAUCUGUGGAUGCCAUGACAUUCGCUGCUCGCUUGCUAGAUGUUGGAAUGAUUAAAGUGUAUUCACUUGAUAGGCAAAUGUGUGUGACAAAGCUCCCUGCUGUAUUCAAUGCACUCAAAGAUAUUUUGGCAUCUGAACAUGAGGAGGCUGUAUAUGCAGCCAUGGGUGCAUUUAAGAGUCUGAUAAAUGCUUGCAUUGAUGAAAGCUUGAUAAAACAAGGAGUGGAUCAGAUUUUGAUGAAUGCACACAAUGAUUCAAGGAGGACUGGACCUACUAUCAUUGAAAAAGUAUGUGCAAUUAUUGAAAGCUUACUUGACUAUCACUAUACUGCUGUCUGGGAUGUCGCAUUUCGAGUUGUCUCGACUAUGUUUGAUAAAUUAGGGCAUUAUUCUUCUUACUUUUUGAGGGGGAUUCUUAGCAGCUUGGCUAAAAUGCAGAAGUUACCUGAUGAAGAUUUUCCUUUCAGGAAGCAGCUGCAUGAAUGCCUUGGAUCAGCUAUUGGUGCAUUAGGACCUGAAACUUUCUUGGGCCUUGUACCUCUUAAUUUGGAGGCUAAAAUGCUAUCUGAGGCAAAUGAUUGGCUCUUUCCAAUUCUGAAGCAGUAUAUUGUUGGUGCUCGUUUAAGCUUCUUCACAGAGUCCAUUUUGGGUAUGGUUGGAAUGAUGAAGCAGAAAUCUCAAAAGCUUGAGCUACAAGGACAAGUUUCUUCGUCAAUGAGGGCUAAUGGACUUGUCUACUCUUUGUGGUCCUUGUUGCCUUCAUUUUGCAAUUAUCCUUUGGAUACUGCUGAAAAUUUCAAGGAUCUAGAGAAAGCUUUAUGCAGUGCGCUUCAGGAAGAAGCUGAUACUCGUGGAAUAGUAUGCUCCAGUUUGCAGAUUCUUAUUCAACAGAAUAAGAGAAUUAUGGAACAAAAAAAUGAGAUGCCUGGUCUUGAAGAAGGUACUGCCAGACAGCGAGCAGUGUCCCACUAUACCCCACAGGUGGCAGCAGAUAAUUUGAAUGCACUUAGGUCAUCUGCUCGUGAAUUUUUAAAUGUUUUGUCUGGUGUCUUCCUGCAAUCUACAAAAGAUGAUGGUGGUUCUUUGCAGUCCACAAUCAAUGAAUUUGCAUCCAUAUCAGAUAAAGAAGUAGUAUCAAGGUUCUUUAAUACUACGAUGCAGAAGCUUUUGAGAGUUACUCAACAGGCUGCCAAACCAGGAAAUUCAAGAAAUUCUAAUUCUAUGCGAAUUGACGGUGCGUCAAAUGAAGAUUCGCUAUCACUUUUGAGGGCUAGGCUAUUUGACCUGGCAGUUUCACUUUUGCCUGGUCUGAGCACAAAAGAAAUUGAUCUUUUGUUUGUUCCAAUAAAGCCUGCAUUACAGGAUGUUGAUGGUCUGAUACAGAAGAAGGCAUACAAAGUUCUUUCUGUUAUUCUUAUGAAACGCAAUGAGUAUCUCUCAUCAAAGCACAAGGAAAUGCAUAAUCUUAUGACUGAAGUGCUACCUUCAUGCCAUUUUUCUGCUAAGCGUCACAGACUUGAUUGCCUGUACUUUAUAAUAGUCCAUGUUUGCAAGGAUGGUUCAGAGCAGAUGCGACGUGACAUUAUUAUGUCUUUCCUAACAGAAAUAAUACUUGCUCUUAAAGAGGUAAAUAAAAAAACAAGAAACAGAGCAUAUGAAAUUCUUGUCGAAAUUGGCCAUGCAUGUGGCGAUGAAGAGAAAGGCGGAAAUAGAGAAAACUUGUAUCAAUUUUUUAACAUGGUGGCCGGAGGACUUGCUGGUGAGACACCUCACAUGGUCAGUGCUGCUAUUAGAGGUUUAGCUCGCUUGGCUUAUGAGUUCUCGGAUCUUGUUUCAUCUGCUUGGAAUGUACUGCCGUCCGCAUUUCUCCUCCUUAAGAGAAAAAAUAGAGAAAUAAAUAAGGCUAAUUUAGGUUUGUUGAAGGUGUUGGUGACAAAAUCAGAAGCUGAAGGGUUGCAUACGCACUUGAGGAGCAUGGUGGAAGGUGUGGUGAAGUGGCAAGAUAACACCAAAAUCCACUUUAAAGCUAAAGUUAAGCUUCUCCUGGAAAUUCUUAUUAAGAAAUGCGGUCUGGAAGCGGUUAAGGCUGUAAUGCCUGAGGAACACAUGAAACUCCUUACUAAUAUACGGAAGAUCAAGGAACGGAAUGAGAAGAAACUAAGGGCUAAUUCAGAAGCAAGGUCUCAACUAUCAAAGGCAACAACGUCCAGGCUAAGCAGAUGGAAUCACACAAAAAUAUUUUCUGAUUUUGGCGAUGAAGAAACUGAGGGAAGUGAUGCUGAGUAUAUGGAUGGCAGGACAAUGACUAGUCAACAGAGCAAGGCUCCCUCACAGCGAAAAUCCAAAGCAGCUUCAUUACGCUCCAAGAGAAGAGCAGGUGUGAGCUUGCCUGAACACUUGCUUGACCAACUUGAGGAUGAGCCACUUGACUUGCUCGAUAGGCAAAAAACAUUAUCAGCUCUUCGAUCAAAACAUCUCAAGCGAAAGGCAGAUUCAGAUGAGCCAGAACUGGACCCUGAAGGGCGCUUGAUUAUUCGUGAGGAAGAAGAACCGGAGGAAACUCCCUCUGAAACUGAUUACGAUCCAAAGAGUGAAGCAGAUAGUCACUUGUCAGCAAAUUCCUCGAAGGCAAACCAGAAGCGCAGGAAAACAUCAGACUCUGGUUGGGCGUACAUUGGUAGUGAGUACUCUAGCAAAAAGGCAGGUGGGGACUUGAAGAAGAAGGGCAAGCUUGAACCAUAUGCAUAUUGGCCGCUUGAUCGCAAAAUGAUGAGCCGUAGACCUGAGCAUCGUGCAGCCGCAAGAAAAGGAAUGGCAAGUGUGGUAAAGAUGACGAAAAAACUUGAAGGCAAAAGUGUCUCAAGUGCACUCUCGACCAGGGGCUUGAAGAUUAAAAAGAGUCAAAAGAAAGGCAGCAAGAAAAAGAGCAGGUGAAGGAGAACUUUCUAAUUGUUUUAAUACAUCAACUCAGAGAUGUGCAAUACUACAGGUUUUGAAAUUUUUUUUUUGAUUUGUUUUUUUGUUCCUGGUAAUUUUAUUUGGGGGCUCCAAUUUUUGUAAGGUGUAAAUUAGAUAGGAAUCAAGGUAUUAUGUUGGUUCUCUGUAACUACAAUAUGAUGGGAAAAACCCAUAACUGAAAUAUUUUUUGUUAUUUAUAGAAUGUUUUGAUGAUCUGUA